CUGCAUCGCACAGAGUGAGAGACAUGAACGCAGCCCAGCAAGCUAAACUUUGCUUUUAAGUUGCAUUUUUUUUUUUCUUAUUUAUCAUGUACCAUUUACUUCCCCAACCCAAAAUUCAUGAUUUUCCCCUGUCACAUGCCACAACGGCACCUAGUAUCCCGACAGAAUUUCUCCAGGAAGCAGUUUUCGCCGGAGGUAGCUUUUGGGGACUGGAAGCUGCAUUUGGGCGUUUAGAUGGAGUCGUGAAAACGGCUACAGGCUAUUGUGGAGGAACCCUUACGAAGCCUACAUAUAGAGAGGUGAUUAUCAGGGUCUGUGAGGGGCGCACAGGCCAUACUGAAGCUGUAAAAGUCAUAUAUGAUAAGCGAAGGAUGUCAUACAGAAGCCUCUGUGAUUUCUUCUGGGAAUUCCACGACCCCACCAACAAAGAAUAUCUAAAUUUUGGGAUUAUUGCACAUUUUCGAUCAGCGAUAUUUUACGCGAACGAGGAACAGAGGAAGCAAGCGCAGGAGUCGAAGAUCAGAAGACAGAUGAAGCUGAACAAAAGAAUUGUCACAAAGAUCAUUCCCUGUGGCUCUGAUUUCUUUAUCGCAGAAAACCAACAUCAGAAGUAUUAUUUGCAGAAGAAUUAUAGGCUUUGCGAGAGCUUGACUUUGCGAAGCACGGAGCAGUUUGUGGAUUCAGAUGUCGCUUGCAAACUUAACGGGAUAUUAGCGAUGGAUGGGAAAACAGCUGUUGAAAACAUGAAGAGAUUCCUGAGGAGUAAUGAGGAGAUACCGAAGCAAACCAAGUCAAUCUGUGAAGGAAUUAUUCAAGAAUUCAGCAGAAACGAGGGAGAAGAGACUGUAAAUGCAUCAUGAUCAGUCUAAUAGUAUCUUCUAUGCAGGCCAAAAUCCAUUUGAAUGCGUACAAAGUGGGGCAAUGAAAAGCAAAUCAGAUUAUAGUGGUGUGGUUCAAAGUCAUCAAUCGAAGUGGCCGAUUUUCAAGACCUGAGACAGUAAUUAAUAUAUUUAACUGCUUAAGGAACAGCAGUUUGUACCUGUUAAGAGAAUUUUUGUUAUAUAUACUGAACUAAAAAAAAAAAAAAAAUCGUCAAAGUCUAGAGACAUGGCGGAUUCAUGGAAAGAUACGGCUAGAAAAAAGUUGGGAAUGUCCUUUCAUGGGUUGUAAACUUGUAAUCGGGUUAUAUUUGGAUUUGGAAUUGGCCCAACCACAUUUAAGUACGAUUUGAUUAAAUCUGACUUCAAUCUAAAAUUUUCAGGAGAUGUCAGACUGAUUUCCGAUC